AGCUUCAGUUCGUCUGUAAUCGCUUUUCUGCUGCUGCCUCCUGUUAAACAGCGCGGACACGGGAGCGAGCGAGACACUGCCGUUUGAGGAUUUACUUUUUUCCGGUACCGAGUGGAUUACGACGCCGACUAGCAGCAUCGACGCCCAGGCAGCAGGGCCCACGAUGUCCAGCAGCGAAGUGCAGAGACCGGACGACAGCCCCAGCACGAGUGGGGGCAGCUCGGAUAUCGAACAGAGGGAAACGGUACCGCCCGAGCAGGAGCGGGAGCAAGCACAGCCCAAAAAGAAGGAGACCAAGAUCUCCAGUAAAACCGCUGCUAAACUUUCAACCAGUGCCAAGAGGAUUCAGAAGGAGCUUGCAGAAAUAACACUAGACCCGCCUCCGAACUGCAGCGCCGGUCCAAAAGGAGACAACAUCUACGAGUGGAGGUCGACCAUCCUGGGCCCGCCGGGCUCCGUGUACGAGGGCGGAGUCUUCUUCCUGGACAUCGCCUUCACGCCCGACUACCCCUUCAAACCCCCCAAGCCGACCCGCUGGUGGGAAGCAUCGCCACACAGUACCUGACCAACAGAACGGAACACGACCGAAUAGCUAAACAAUGGACGAAGAGAUACGCCACAUAGACCCCCCGCGGUGAACCGUCCUCCCCUCCCCCUCCACUCCCCCUCCCCGUCACUCUCUCUACCUCUCACCCUUAGUAUGUCGAAGCACACUCACUAAGUGCAACGGUAAACCUGCCCUCCUGUCGUCGCCCCCUCCCCCCUCCUCCCUGUUUUAUCUACAUUUUCUGUGCAAAAACAAAAAAAAAGUAAAACAGAAAAAAAAAU